UUCAUAAACAGCUCGUCAACCACCUCGGUAGCUUGCUAGCCAACAUAGCCGAAAGAUUCAAGCUGUUUAGACGCUUUUGGCGUAUAUUAGCUAAGGUGUUUUAGACACACUUCUGUCGUAUCUACUUGUUAACCUAUUUAAUUUAAUAUUACAUUAUUUUGUAUUAGUCAGCUAUAGUAGCUGGCUGCUUAAGUUAGCAUUAGCCUAGUCGCUAAUCAUAGCUAGGUAGCUAACAUCCCCGAACAUGAGCUCCCUAAACUACUCCCCUCAUGUUAAAGAAGAGGAGGUCUGCUGGACGGAGAAAGAAGCUCUGGGGCUGAACAUUGUCGUGAAAGAGGAGAAGGAAGAGGAGGAUGUUACUGUGAAAACAGAAGUAGAGGGUGAGGCUGUUACAGUGAAAGAAGAGGAAGACGCGCUCAGAGUGAAAGAGGAGGAGGAUGUUACAGUGAAAGAAGAGGAGGAUGCAGUUUUUGGAGUGAAGAAGGAAGGAGAGAUUACUGUCACAUUGAAAGAUGAAGAGGUGGAGAUAGGAGAUCUUUUUAACACCAGAGAGAGACGGGACAGUCGUGGAUCCUCUGGGGAGCCUCAACAACAUCAUGAUGCUGACGAGGCAGAGAAGAGUCUCUCCACAUCAGAACUCCUCAAGAAACACCAGCAGAGAUCCUCAGGAAAGAAACCUCACUGCUGCUCUGACUGUGGGAAACAUUGCAAAUCUUCAUCAGAACUUAAAAUACACCAGCGAGUCCACACAGGAGAGAAACCUUAUAGCUGUAAUCAAUGUGGGAAGAGUUUUACUAAAUCAAUUAAUCUGAAAACACAUCUGAGAACACACACAAGAGAGAAGCCUUACAGCUGUGAUCAAUGUGGCAAGAGUUUUACUCAGUCAACCAACCUGGUAUCACACCAGAGAACACACACAGGAGAGAAACCUUAUAGCUGUGAUCAGUGUGGCAAGAGUUUUACUCAGUCAAGUAGCCUGGUAUCACACCAGCGAACACAUACAGGAGAGCAGCCAUAUAGCUGUGAUCAGUGUGGCAAGGGUUUUACUCGGUCAACCAACCUGGUAUCACACCAGAGAACACACACAGGAGAGCAGCCAUAUAGCUGUGAUCAGUGUGGCAAGAGCUUUACUAAUUCAAGAAACCUGGUAUCACACCAGAGAACACACACAGGAGAGAAACCUUAUAGCUGUGAGCAAUGUGGGAAAAACUUUUCCCGGAUAGGAUACCUUAAAGGACACCAGAGAACACACACAGGAGAGAAACCUUAUAGCUGUGAUCAAUGUGGGAAGAGCUUUACUCAGUCAAGCAACCUGGUAUCACACCAGAGAACACACACAGGAGGGCAGUCAUAUAGCUGUGAGCAAUGUGGGAAAAGUUUUUCUCGGAUAGGACACCUUAAAGGACACCAGAGAACGCACACAGGAGAGAAACCUUAUAGCUGUAAUCAAUGUGGGAAGAGUUUUACUCAUUCAAGCAACCUGGUAUCACACCACAGAACACACACAGGAGAGAAGCCUUAUAGCUGUGAUCAGUGUGGUAAGAGUUUUACUCAGUCAAGCAACCUGGUAUCACACCAGAGAACACACACAGGAGAGAAACCUUAUAGCUGUGAUCAAUGUGGGAAAAACUUUUCUCAGGGAGAAAGCCUUAAAGAGCACCAGAGAACACACACAGGAGAGAAAUCUUAUAGCUGUGAUCAGUGUGGCAAGAGAUACUCUCAUUCAAGUGGUCUGAUUAAACAUCAGAAAAUACAUGCAGGAGAUCCACAGAGUGUGGAAUGAUCUCCAACACCAGAUAUGGGUAGUAGAACACAGAGUGUGGAAUGAUCUCCAACACCAGACCUGGGUAGUAGAACACAGAGUGUGGAAUGAUCUCCAACACCAGACCUGGGUAGUAGAACACAGAGUGUGGAAUGAUCUCCAACACCAGACCUGGGUAGUAGAACACAGAGUGUGGAAUGAUCUCCAACACCAGACCUGGGUAGUAGAACACAGAGUGUGGAAUGAUCUCCAACACCAGACCUGGGUAGUAGAACACAGAGUGUAGAAUGACCUCCAACACCAGACCUGGGUAAUAGAACACAGAGUGUAGAAUAACCUCCAACACCAGAUAUGGGUAGUAGAACACAGAGUGUAGAAUAACCUCCAACACCAGAUAUGGGUAGUAGAACACAGAGUGUGGAAUGAUCUCCAACACCAGACCUGGGUAGUAGAACACAGAGUGUAGAAUGACCUCCAACACCAGACCUGGGUAAUAGAACACAGAGUGUAGAAUAACCUCCAACACCAGAUAUGGGUAGUAGAACACAGAGUGUAGAAUAACCUCCAACACCAGAUAUGGGUAGUAGAACACAGAGUGUAGAAUAACCUCCAACACCAGAUAUGGGUAGUAGAACACAGAGUGUAGAAUGACCUCCAACACCAGACCUGGGUAGUAGAACACAGAGUGUAGAAUGACCUCCAACACCAGACCUGGGUAGUAGAACACAGAGUGUGGAAUGAUC